AUGGCAGGGGCUCUGCUGGGUGCGCUGCUCCUCCUGCGGCUCCUGGGUGCCAGUGAUGGGGAGAACGAGGAGCUGCGUCUUUACCACCAUCUCUUCAACAACUAUGACCCCGAGUGCCGGCCCGUGAAGGAGCCUGAAGAGACGGUCACCAUCACCCUCAAGGUCACCCUGACCAACCUCAUCUCCCUUAACGAGAAAGAGGAGACCCUGACCACCAGCGUCUGGAUCGGAAUAGACUGGCAGGAUUACCGGCUCAACUACAGCAAGGACGAUUUUGGAGGCGUGGAGACCCUGCGGGUGCCUUCAGAACUCGUCUGGCUUCCAGAGAUUGUGCUAGAAAACAACAUUGACGGCCAGUUCGGCGUGGCCUACGACGCCAACGUGCUGAUCUACGAGGGCGGCUACGUGAGCUGGCUGCCCCCUGCCAUCUACCGCAGCACCUGCGCCGUGGAGGUCACCUACUUCCCCUUCGACUGGCAGAACUGCUCACUCGUCUUCCGCUCGCAGACCUACAAUGCGGAAGAGGUGGACCUCGUCUUCGCGGUGGACGACGAGGGCGAGACCAUCAGCAAGAUCGACAUCGACACCGAGGCCUACACGGAGAAUGGCGAGUGGGCCAUCGACUUCUGCCCCGGGCUGAUCCGCCACCUGGACGGCGCCUCCCCGGGCGGCCCGGGGGUGGUCGACGUCAUCUACACGCUCAUCAUCCGCCGGAAGCCGCUCUUCUACGUCAUCAACAUCAUCGUGCCCUGCGUGCUCAUCUCCGGCCUGGUGCUGCUCGCCUACUUCUUGCCGGCGCAGGCCGGCGGCCAGAAGUGCACGGUGUCCAUCAACGUCCUGCUGGCCCAGACGGUCUUCCUGUUCCUGAUAGCGCAGAAGAUCCCAGAAACGUCGCUGAGCGUCCCGAUGCUGGGCAGGUACCUCAUCUUCGUCAUGGUGGUUGCUACGGUCAUCGUCAUGAACUGCGUCAUCGUGCUCAACGUGUCCCUGCGGACGCCCACCACGCACACUAUGUCCCCUUGGCUGCGCCACGUCCUGCUGGAGCUGCUGCCGCGCCUCCUGGGUUCGGGCGCGACCCCCGAGGCUCCCCGGGCCACCUCACCGCCCAGGCGCGCUUCGUCCGUGGGCCUGCUGCUCCGGGCCGAGGAGCUGAUACUGAAAAAGCCGCGGAGCGAACUCGUGUUUGAGGGGCAGAGGCACCGGCACGGGGUCUGGACCGCUGCCCUCUGCCAGAGCCUGGGCGCCGCCGCCCCCGAGGUCCGCUGCUGCGUGGACGCCGUGAACUUCGUGGCCGAGAGCACGCGGGACCAGGAGGCCUCCGGCGAGGAGGUGUCCGACUGGGUGCGCAUGGGGAAGGCCCUGGACAACGUCUGCUUCUGGGCCGCCCUGGUGCUCUUCGGCGUGGGGUCCAGCCUCAUCUUCCUCGGGGGCUACUUGAACCGAGUGCCCGAGCUGCCCUACCCGCCGUGCAUGUAGACGGCGCCCCCCCCGCACCCGUUUCUGGAGGAAACCGAUUUUGAAAGCCGCGCUGCGGGCCCCUGCUGCGGUGCGGUCCUGUGCUUGCUGCUGCAAUAAAUCGGCGCUGUGCCAACUUCCCCGGC